AUGUACAAUAAUGAUGACUGUCCGUCAAAAGUUGUCCGUUAUUAUGGGGCAAAAGAGAAACAAACCAUCCAGUUCGAUGAUAAGGGUAAACCUUUGUAUUCUUCUGGUUUGCUCUAUUACAUUACCGAGAAUAGGAACCUGGAUAUCUGUGUAUCUGACUACGAAGCUAAAGCAGUCGUGGUGGUCAAUCAGGCCGGAAAACUGAGAUUCAGGUACGAUGGACAUACUCCGGUUAUGAAGAACAAACCAUUCUGUCCACGAGGAAUCACCACAGACAGAGAGAGUCACAUCCUUACAGCUGAUUAUAGCAAUGAGUGUGUCCACAUCAUAGACCAGGAUGGACUGUUCCUCCGUUACAUAAAUUGUGGACUGAGUGAACCCUAUGGACUGUGCAUAGAUAUAAAUGACAAUUUGUUUGUUGCUGAAUCGAAAAAUAGAAAAGUGAAGAAAAUCAUAUAUCUGAAGAUAAGUGAAAUCUAA